CCAGGAACAUCACUUUCAGAUGGUUCUCGCUCGGCACGUGAGCACGUGGUGAAUGCAUGUGUCAUGUAAAGCAUGUACUCAUAGCACGUUGGUCAUUCAGUGCCCAAAAUUUCCUUGAGCAAGUCAGGAAUUCUGGCUUAUUGCAACUCUGUUUUAAUCCUCACGUUGCCACCUAUAUUUCCAAAGAGCCUGUGGUAAAACGUAGAAAUUGUAGUGUUAAAUAUUUGCUGUAAUAUUCCCUCCGAGUUUAUUGAACUCUUGUGUUGACGUCAACCACUUGUCGUUUCACUGCACACACAGUUUAAAGUUCACGAUCAAGGCGGCCAUCGCGAACUGCGAUUGCGAAGUAAGUUUUUGUGUGUGUGUGCGACUUAAUUGGACAAAAGACGAUAAACCGUGACAAGAUGUCGGAAAAUUGGGACGAUGACGACACCACCCCUUCUUCCACCACAACUUGGAAUGGUGGUAACUACGGAUCCUCGAUGACGAAUGGAAACUCUGCAAGUACUUUUGCUGGAAGUAGCAAGUGGCAGCCAACGGCCAAUCCUGCUGGGCGUGGUCGCGGUCGAGGUCGAUGGGGCGGUGCAACAACAAACGCCACACCAGGUGCCUCAACAGUUGUGAAUGGCUCUGGAUGGAAUGGUGAUUCUGGAGGCUCAGACACGGUGAUCACUAACUCUGGAUGGAAGGGAGGCUUCAGUAGCGGGACUGGAGGCAGCAAAGGCGGCGGUGGUGGUAACAAGUGUUUCAACUGCCAGGAGGAGGGGCACAUGUCCAGGGAUUGCCCCAAUCCUAAAUCUGGUGGAGGUAGAGGCGGAGGUGGAGGUGGCGAGUGCUACAAGUGCCAUGAAACCGGCCAUUUUGCCAGGGAUUGCCCCAAUGCAGAAUCAGGCGGAGGCGGGGGAGGUGGUGAGUGCUACAAGUGCCACGAAACUGGACACUUCGCGAGAGAGUGCCCCAAUGCAGAGUCAGGCGGAGGUAACAAGUGUUACAACUGCCAGGAGGAGGGCCACAUGUCCAGGGAUUGCCCCAAUCCUAAAUCUGGUGGAGGGAGAGGCGGAGGUGGAGGCGGAGAGUGUUUCAAGUGCCACCAGACCGGGCAUUUUGCCAGGGAGUGCCCCAACGAGGAAUCAGCAGACGCUGGAGCUGGGGGAGACAGUCGUCCCCCUCCAUCAACCUACAUACCCCCCGCACCGUCCGAGGACGAGGAACAGAUCUACAACUAUAUGCAGCAGGGGAUUAACUUUGACAAGUAUGACGACAUUCCCGUCGAAGUCACAGGCCGAGAGCCACCACGUUGUAUCCACAGCUUUGAGGAGAGCACCCUUUGCCCCGAGGUGAAGUGCAACGUAGUCAAGGCCAAAUAUAGCAAACCCACGCCGGUCCAGAAGUACGGGAUACCGAUCAUCAGUGGUGGACGGGACCUCAUGGCCUGCGCGCAGACUGGCUCAGGCAAGACGGCUGCAUUCCUCCUGCCCAUCAUCAACGGCAUGCUGAGCGACGGAGUGACAGGCAGCUCCUUCUCCGAGUUCCAGGAGCCCCAGUGCAUCAUCGUCUCGCCGACCCGUGAGCUGACCAGCCAGAUCUACAACGAAGCCUACAAGUUUGCCCGGGGCACCAUGCUGCGCCCCGUGGUGAUCUACGGCGGUACCAGCGUGGGGCAUCAGCUCAGAGAGGUCGGCAAGGGAUGCCAUCUCUUGGUGGCUACCCCGGGCCGCCUCAUGGACUUCAUCAACCGUGGAAGGAUCAAAGUUAGCAAGUGCAAGUACCUGGUGCUCGACGAGGCAGACCGCAUGCUGGACAUGGGCUUUGGGCCGGAGAUGGAGAAGCUGAUCUACCUACCCGACAUGCCCAAGAAAGGAGAGCGCCAGUGCCUGAUGUUCAGCGCCACCUUCCCCCAGGAAGUCCAGCAGAAGGCUGCCGAGUAUCUGGAGGACUACUUGUUCCUGACGGUGGGGCGGGUCGGCGGUGCCACGCCCGACAUUACACAGACGAUCAUCGAGGUGGGCAAGUACGAUAAGAAGGAGAAGUUGUCGGAGAUGCUGAUGAACAAUCCUGACGAGCGUACGCUAGUGUUCACCGAGACCAAGCGGGGAGCUGAUUUCCUGGCCACCUGCCUGUGUCAAGAAUCCCUUCCUGCCACCAGCAUCCACGGCGAUCGUGAACAACGUGAACGGGAGGAGGCCCUCGCAGAUUUCCGAAGCGGCAGGGCCCGUAUCUUGGUAGCUACGUCUGUGGCUGCGAGAGGCCUUGAUAUAUCAGGCGUCAAGCACGUAGUGAACUAUGAUAUGCCAUCUAGUAUAGAAGAGUACGUGCACCGCAUUGGUCGGACUGGGCGUGUCGGCAAUCUCGGCAAGGCAACCAGCUUCUACGAUGCGAUGAGCGACUCGCAGAAUGCACGAGCACUGAUUAAAAUCCUGGCUGAUGCUCAACAAGACGUUCCUGAGUUCUUAGAAGCCGCAGCAGACUCAGCCGUUGGGACUUUCCAUGGCAGCGCUGGUGGCAGCUUUGGAGGAAGAGAUACUCGAAAGCAAUUUGGUGGGCGUGGCGGUGGGCGUGGUGGUGGGCGGGAUACCGGCAACGAGUGGGGCUCUGGUGGUGGCGAUUACGGAGGCGGAAACUUUGCUGCCGAUGGAGCAGCUGGCGAUGAGGAAUCGUGGGAUUGAUGAUGUCACGCGCCGUCCUAUCCAAGCAAAAGUAUCGCAAACAGGAAUUGCGGAUUUUACGAGCAAACUGCUGCAGUUGAGAAUGGACAAUGUCUUUAUGUUUUUUAACGGAUCUUACUGAAGUUCAGGAAUAUGUUGAUGACCUGCUUCCGAGGUAUAAUACAGCGAAACAGAGCCAGUCUUUUCUUUUAAAACAAGCAAAAGUGUAAAAAUACUGCAAAUGUUCGACGCACGGUACAAAAAAAGAAAGAAAAGACUUGUUGAGUUUACAAUGCAUGAAUGGCCAAGGCAACCAAAUGUGAUUAUCGUAGGGUUCGACAAAAAUGUUGAGCAAAAUGAAAGAAGUUGAAAUCAUUUUGUUCUUUUUUUUACGUCAAAGCGGAGAGAAAGCUGGAAAUCAUUGGCUCUAUCGAGUGGCGAGUUGUAACAUUAAUUGUAAAAAAGUUUUUAAAAAAUGUUUACAUGUAAGCUUCCAGAUAUGACAGAAAGUUCCCAAAGUGCAUGUUACUUCCUACGGUGGAUUUAUAUUUGUUCAUACGUUUCAGGUGAUUUUGAUUUUAAGUCUUAAAUUGAGUUCAUGAUUAGGGCAGGUUAUUUUCCUUAUCAAAAAAAUAGGUGCAUGAAAAAAAAGUCUUUUGU